CCUAUUUUAUGGCUGACAACUAGUGACAGUGACAACAACUUCCUAUUUUGAACACGGAAGUAGGGGGCUUGCUCAGUCCAGGUAUUCUUAUAAACAGUCAAUGUUUGGAACACGGAAGGGGGGUUGCUCUGUCCAGUUUUUUUUAUACAGUCAAUGCUAUAGAGCAACUGACGGGCAGAUAGGAAGACGGACAGUGGCACUUUGAGUUACAAUUAGCUACAAUGGCUAACUGUAUACACGGGAGCUUGGGUUUACUAAGCAAGCAGUGUAGGUUUCGACAGUUCAGACAGUUCUUUGGUCAGAGCGUAAACGGUGGCGUACGGCGGAUGUAUUCCAGCGCUAACCAUAAGAAAAAUCAACUACAAGAGUCGACUUUAACUCAUUCGAACUUUUCGGCUUAUCUUAAAUCCACACAAAGAAAGGCGACCAAAACCAUUCCAGAGGGAGUUAAAGCCGGACUGGGGGACAGCCUGAGAAAUGAGGACAUUCAGCCCUUUUCAACCGUUUUAACUGACAGCUUUGGUCGCCACCAUAACUACCUGCGCAUUUCCUUAACUGAGAAAUGCAAUCUUCGUUGUCAGUACUGUAUGCCAGAAAAAGGGGUCAAGCUCACACCACGGAGCCAGUUGCUUUCCACUUCUGAGGUGCUGACCAUCGCUCGACUCUUUGUUCAAGAAGGGGUGGACAAAAUUCGCCUCACUGGAGGGGAGCCUCUAAUCAGACCUGAUCUACUGGAUAUCAUCAUUGAACUAAGGAAACUGAAUGGUCUAAAAACUAUUGCAGUAACAACUAAUGGAAUUCAUUUGGCUAAACCAUUAUCAAGACUGAAAGAAGCUGGUCUGGACCUUAUUAACAUCAGCCUUGACUCCCUGGUUCCGGCAAAGUUUGAGUUCAUCGUCAGACGCAGAGGGUUCCACAAAGUGAUGGAAGGCAUUGAUAAAGCCAUUGAACUGGGCUUCACUCCUGUUAAGAUCAACUGUGUUGUCAUGCGAGGUCUAAACGAAGAUGAGCUGCUAGAUUUUGUCAGGCUCACAGAGAAAAAACCACUGGAAGUGCGAUUCAUUGAGUACAUGCCAUUUGAUGGUAACAAGUGGAACUUCAAGAAGAUGGUAAGUUACCAGGAGAUACUGGAUCACAUAAAGCAGCAGUGGCCCAACCUGGAAAUGAUUCAAACUGGAUGCGCAAAUACUGCAAAGAUGUUUAAAGUACCAGGCUUUGAAGGUCAUCUGGGCUUCAUUACCUCCAUGUCAGAACAUUUUUGUGGCUCCUGCAAUCGUUUGCGAAUCACUGCUGAUGGAAACCUGAAGGUAUGUUUGUUUGGAAACUCUGAAUUCUCUCUCAGAGACGCACUGCGCUCUGGAGCAUCUGAUGAGGAGUUGCUGCAAGUGAUUGGUGCUGCUGUGGGCAGGAAGAAGAAAGAGCAUGCAGGCAUGUUCAAAAUCUCCCAGAUGAUGAACCGACCAAUGAUCCUUAUUGUAACAUCCAAAAGGUUGCUGCCACUGGCCCAGCGCACUGAGAAAUCUCUCCUCAAUCUUUUCCAUUGUAAAAAUGACACAUUUCUGUUCGUGUCAGCUCCCCCCUCUCAUGUAUGCUACUUGGUCAGGGGAGAAAAUCUUAGUAAAGAGGCCUUUUUCCCCCUUCCUGACUGUAGUACUUUAAUUCAUCCAGCCCUUGAGAUCUGUUCAAUAACCUGUAGGAGUGGAAGAUCUGAUCCAUUUUUGAGAGAAGAAAACCUCACCAUGACUAACAGUCUCUGCAGUGAAUCAUCUAACUCCUUCCAGUUUGGUCCUGGUGUCAUUUCCACUGACUGUCACUCUAAGACUAAAAGAGUUAAGACCAAUGCAAAUAAACUGAACUGCUGCUUACUCAGGAACUUAGGACUCCCCAUCUCUCACACAAUCCUAAUGACUGCCAAACUCAAUUUUACACACUACAGGGUAAGAUUGUUGCACAAUCAAAGCUUCAAGAGGGGAAAUGAGACUCCGAACCCUCACCGUGAGGCUGAAACUAAUUUAACACACACAGAUGCUCAAGGCCGAGCUUGCAUGGUGGAUGUUGGGGGGAAAACACCAACAUGUCGAACAGCCACAGCCUGUGCCACAGUUUUAUUGGGCCCGACUGCUUUCCGCUUACUUCAAGACAACCAGCUGGUUAAAGGAGAUGCCCUGACUGUGGCACAGCUGGCAGGCAUCAUGGCUUCAAAACAAACAUCCACACUUAUCCCACUUUGUCACCCUCUUUCUUUGGACCAUGUUUCUGUCACUUUUGAACUUGAUGGGCUUAACAAUGCUGCCAUCAUCACAGCAACAUGUUUGACAACAAGUAAAACAGGUGUGGAGAUGGAGGCGCUGACCUCUGUGUCUGUGGCAGCACUAACUGUGUAUGACAUGUGCAAAGCAGUAACACAUGAUAUUGUCAUCACAGAUAUAAAGCUGGUUAGUAAAACAGGGGGGAAGAUGGAUUUCCGUAGAAGAAUUCAAGGAACCUUAAACUAAUACAUUUUUUUUGUAAUGGAAUUUGCAUUUUUUUGUGUUUAAGUGUCAUGUUUAAGAUUUAAUUUGGCUUUAAUAACCAAUUCUUCAGCAGUUUUUUUUAUUAUGUUAAGAAUCAUGUGUUAAGAAUUUCCUAAGAAACCCUUAGGUAACACAUUGUUGUACAUUUUGAUGUUUUCUCUUAAUGUCUCUUAGUAGUCAUGUUAUUAUUAUACGCACCCUCCUUUGUUUUCCUUCUGCACCUUCUUAUUUUUACCUGUGUUUUCUUCUUGAAAAACAAGGGCUGAGCUACAGGGGGCAAAAAACUUUUCCUCCCCACUUGCCUUUCCAAUUUUUGAGUCACUUUUAUUUUGAUUUUUGACAAAGAAUAAGAAAUCUUCUUUAGGCUAUAGUAAAAGCACUUUGUUUUGUUAUAAAUAACAAUAAUAAAACUCUUCAAAAUACA